AGAUCGCGAUGAGUGCUGAGCUGUUGGUAGUGCUGCUCUCCCUGUUCUCUUUUUUACCCGAUGGCUCGACACAGCGCAGCUGUUCCGAUCUCGAGAUUUGCAUAGCCAAAAAGCUGUGCGACAAGACGGAUGACUCCGGCCGGGGCCUGCUCGGUACUCGCAUUCUGGACCGGAGCUGUGGCCACGGAUUGAUUUGCUGCGAGAAGGUGCAGCUGGAGAACUUUUACGCAGAGGAGGCCGAAAUCGAGUACCGCAACCAGAGGAAGGGAACCCAAUGGGUGGGAACAACGGCAGCAACGACGACAGAGACUGCUAUAGCCAAACACAGAGAGUCAGAGCCGGUGAUAGAGUCAGAGCAGGAGGACUACAAGAGCUGCGGCGAGCAACGGCUGUGCGUGCCCCGGCACUUGUGCACCACGGGGACCGUGAACCAGGAUGGCCGCUACGUGAUCACGGCGCGGAUCAACGAGGCGAGCAACUUUGGCUGUCGUUCGGUGGAGAUUUGCUGUCACGAGAACGAGCAGACCGAUGAGGGUCAGAGUCGCAUGCAGCAAAACCUGGAGGAGUUCACCUACAGGGGAUGUGGGUACAGCAAUCCCAAGGGUCUGUACUACCAGCUGGAAGGCUACAACGACAGCGAGUCCACUUUUGCCGAGUUCCCCUGGAUGGUGGCACUGAUGGACAUGGAGGGCAACUAUAUAUGCGGCGGCUCUCUGAUCCAUUCUCAGCUGGUGCUGACCAGCGCCCAUAAUGUGGCCAACUACAGCGAGGACUCGCUGCUGGCCCGCGCCGGCGACUGGGACCUGAACAGUCAGCGGGAGCCGCAUCCCUACCAGAUGCGUCGGAUUAGCCAGCUGCACCGCCACGAGGCAUUCAACAAUCUGAACUUUUACAACGACAUGGCUCUUCUGGUGCUGGAGCGGCCCUUCAAGCUUGCCCCCCACAUCCAGCCCAUCUGCUUGCCUCCCGUGGAGACGACGCAGGUGCAGGAGGACAUUCGUCGGGCCCACUGCCUGGCCACCGGCUGGGGCCAAAGCAACAGCUCAGACAAGAGCAUGGUGCACCUACUGAAGCGCAUCGAGCUGCCGGUGGUGGAGCACGAGAACUGUCAGCGCUUGCUGCGCCGCACGAUUCUGGGCCGACGCUUUCGCCUCCACGACAGCUUCCUCUGUGCCGGCGGCGUCGAGGGCAAGGACACCUGCAAGGGCGAUGGCGGAUCGCCGCUUUUCUGCUCGAUGCCCGGCCAAACUGAUCGCUACCAGCUGGCUGGCAUCGUCUCCUGGGGCAUUGAGUGCGCCGAGAAGGACUUUCCAGCGGCCUACACGAAUGUGGCCCACCUGAGGGACUGGAUCAACCAAGUGGUUACCCAAGCGGGCUUCCCGCUGAGUUCCCUCGGCUAGAGCUAUUCCAGGCAAUCAAUAAGUAAGCAUAAUAAAGCGUAAGCCAAGAA